AUGUCACAGGGCGGAGCAGUUAUCAAGAGAGGUCUGGGAUUAAUAUUCUUUGGAGGAGCACCACCAGCCACUGACAUACCAACUGAAUCAUUGAAUCUUUUAAGACGUGAGUUCUCCUACUGGUAUCCGCUGACUUUAAGAGUCUCAGGAAAGGACUUGAUCCCAAACCACUUGACGUAUUUUGUGUACAAUCAUGUGGCAAUCUGGCCCACUCCUGCUCGCACUGAGGGACAGACUGAGAGUCUCUUGUCAGGAGAGUACUGUCGCUGGCCCGAGGGUAUUAGAGGGAAUGGACACCUCUUGUUGAAUUCUGAAAAGAUGAGUAAGUCCACUGGUAAUUUCUUGACAUUGAGACAAUCUAUUGAACGAUUCUCAGCUGAUG